GGAAUCUCUAUAACGGUCAAUGGAGUAACUGUAACAAUAUGUACCACAGCUUCACGGACCGGAAAAUUUCGCAUUGACAAGUCCCCGGAAAAUAAUCUCGUCGCUACUGGCCAGGUCAUCGACGAUUGUUUAUCAGCGGAGCGUGUCAGCAGAGGUCCAGGAACGAAAGGCGGAGCAGAUAGCAAUCGCUUAGGAGCGUGCGAACCCUUGGACUGUAUAUGUCCCCGGCAACUGCAUUCAUAG